ACCUGUGCAAGACUGAAGGGGAGGAGCCGGUACACCUGUGAAAGACUGAAGGGGAGGAGCCGAUACACCUGUGCAAGACUGAAAGGGAGGAGCUGUUACACCUGUGCAAGACUGAAGGGGAGGAGCUGGUACACCUGUGCAAGACUGAAGGGGAGGGGCCAGGGAGGAGCUGUUAAACCUGUGCAAGGCUGAAGGGGAGGAGCUGUUACACCUGUGCAAGACUGAAGGGGAGGAGACGGUACACCUGUGCAAGACUGAAGGGGAGGAGACGGU